UUCCCACGGGCCCUGAGCAAACGGAGGCCCUCGUCUACGCGGCGCUGCAGACGAACAGAUGGGAAGAUGCGAGAGCAGCAAUUCGCAAGCUGCGGCAGCAGCAGCAGCAGCAGCAGCAGCAGCAGCAGCAGCGGAAGCAGCAGGAGGGGGCCCCUGCAACGCCCCCGCUGCUGCUGGAGGAGGCCUACUGUAUGUACAGACUCAACAAGCCCCAGAAGGCGCUGCUGCUGCUCUCCGAGCUGCAGCAGCAGCAGCAGCAGCAGUACAACACAGCUGCUGCUACGCAUCUCCACGCCCAAGUGCUGCAUAGGUGUGGGCGCUACCGGGAGGCUUGGGAAAUAUAUGACCGUCUGCUAAGAGCCAACGACAACUCUGUCUCUACGGAGUUGCUGGUGUCAAACUACCUGGCGUCGACGGUUUGCAUGCUGCAGACGGAAGCAGCCAGCAGCAGCAGCAGCAGCAGCAGCAGCAGCAGCAACAUUAGUCACCCUGCUGCUGUGGCAGCGGCGUUGAAGCAGAACUGCAGCAGCAGCGAAACCUUCGAGCUGCCUUUCAAUGCUGCAGCACUUGCCAUGCAGCAGCAGCAGCCGCAAGCAGCAGCAGCUUUGCUGCAACGCUCUUUAGAAUUGUGUGCAGCAGAAGCUGGCGUUGCUGUUGGAGACGCGCUGCGGUGUAUAGACAGCGGAGAGCUCGCGGGGGUUUUGGUGCAGCAAGCUGUGCUGCAGCAGCAAGUGGGAAAUGCAGCAGCAGCAGAAGAUAUUUAUUCUGCUGUUCUUGCUGCUGUUGAGCAGCAGCAAACCAUAGACGCAGGAGUUGCUGCAGUUGCAGUCACCAACGCGUUUGCUGCUGCCCUCAACAGAGGCCAGCAGCAGCAGCAGCAGGAGGAGCAGCAGCAGCAGCACGAUUUGGAUGCUCUUAUAAGAAGAGCCACAAAAGGAGCAACAGAGACACUGGAACGCAAACUCACUGUCCCGCAGGCUUUGGGCAUUGGAGUCAAUCGGUGCAUAGGCCUUCUGAAAGGCGGACGGGUGGAGGAGUGCCGCCGUGUCUUGGCAUCGCUGACUUCUCGCUUUGGAAGUUCAGUUUCUUUGCUGCGGCUGAAGGCAGCAGCGCAGGUGCAGCAACAGCAGCAGCUGCUGCUGCUCUUUCUUGCUGCUGCUGCUGCUUCUGCUUAA